ACAAGAAAAGAGCCAAACUUUGUCUCAACCAAGCUUCCUGUAAUCACAACGCAAUUAUUUGCAUCAAAGUUUAAAACUUUUCUCUUCUCUUUCUUUCUCUGUCUCUUUUGAGAUUCAAAUUCAAUUAUAUAUAUAAAGUCUGAGCUACUGCUGAAAGUUUCGUAGUCCUCCGCCGAAUAUGGCAUCGCCGCCGCCGAAUAAGAUCGAGCGGGCCCACCUGAUGUACCGGGAAGGGCGGUACCAGGAGGCGCUAGGGUUUUACACAGAGGCUCUAGCCAUGGCCAAGACCAAACCCCAGAAGAUUGCCCUUCAUAGCAACAGAGCCGCUUGUUACUUGAAACUUCACCAUUUCAACAAGGCAGCAGCGGAAUGCACCUCAGUUCUUGAGCUUGACCAGAAUCACACUGGAGCUCUGAUGUUGAGGGCUCAGACCCUGGUGACACUCAAGGAAUACAAUUCAGCACUUUUUGAUGUUAAUAGGCUCAUUGAGUUGAACCCAUCAUCUGAAGUGUAUCUAAACCUUGAAGCCCGUUUGAGGACACAACUGGCACUUGCUCCAAUACCCGAGUUAGAAGAAGAGGAGGAGGAGGAGGAGGAGGAGGAGGAGGAGGAGGAAGAAGAAGUUGAAGAAGAACAAGAAGAAGAAAAGGAAGAAGCAGAGCCUAUUGUAGAGGAGGUUAAGGGUGAACAAUGUGGAGUGGAAGAAGUUUCAACGGUUACAUCAGCAGGAACAGUUCUGAAACCUGAGGCUAAUCGGAUCACAGCUGAUGCUAAUGUUGUUGCCUCCCAAAAAAUACCCAGCAAGAAGGCUUUACCUGAACAACAAGUAAAGAAUCAAAUAGUUAACUCAGUGAAGAAUAAACCCACAGCUGAAGUAGUUGCCCCUCAAGCACUGCAGAAUAAAGGAUUAUCAGAUAAAGAUCCCAAAGGGUGGCAGUCAAUACCGAAACCAAAGGGACAUUCAACAUUGGACUAUGGAAGAUGGGAUAGGGUUGAAGAUGAUUCUAGUGAAGACGAUGAUGACGAUGAUGAUGAAGAGGCUCAACCUCAGUAUAAAUUCCGUUUAAAAACAGUCGGCGUGCGACAGGUGAAGUAAAAAGAUAGAAGAUUCAUAAUACAAAUUGUGCAUUCUUAUCCCUAUAUUACUCGCACAGAGAAGUCAAGAUCAGGUGGUUUAUGGAGAAGCUCAGAGAGGUUAUUCAUUUGCUUUAACUUAUAUAUUUUUAGAAAAAAGCUGUAAGAAUCUCUUUGACAUGAAGAUGAAUCUGGCCUCUGUAGAACAGAUACACACAAGCAAAUCAUGUUGAGUACAGGAGUAUGGAUAAGAUUCCCAUGUUGAAGCUGGCUUUUGUUGGUUCUUUGCAGUUCAUUGGCACUAUUCUGUUGUCCAUAUAUUUUGUGUUUGGUGCAGAACUUUGCAAAGAUUUGGCCAACAACAUCUUUAGUGGCACUGGCUAUGAGUAUGAAGUUUUACUUGUUGGUUCUGGUAAUGUGUUUAUAUGUCUAGUUUGGUGAUAUCAAAAUAUACUAUCUCAUUUGAGAGAUCAAACUAUAAAGUUUCUUUAUUAUUAUUUUUAAAUUUUAUUUAUUUUUUCUGUUGCCUUCAUUACUUUCGGUUUGUAUGUAAUAUACUGUUAUCUUUUAUUUGCUGGAUUUAUCUUGUUCUGGUUA